AUGAACUACAACGACUAUGAUUCUUAUGGCUUGAAUAGCCAUUCCAUCGGCCAAUACUAUGGUCAAUAUAAUUUUACUCAUAAAGGUGGGCUUAACAACCAAUAUGGCACAAGUAGUCAAUUUGGUGGGCACAACUAUGUUGGAGGAUUUGGUGACGAAUAUAGUGGGCACAAUUAUAUUGGCGGAUAUGAACCUAUGAUCCAAAAUGGCUUUGGUGGCCAAACCAAUCAAGGUGACUAUAGCAGCCAGUACGAUUCUACAUAUCAGUAUGGCUCUGGUAGCCAGUUCAAUGGCCAACACGAUGGAAACAACAAUUAUGGCCAAAAUAAUAUGAUAUAUCAAAAUUAUGCGAAUGGCCAACAUGGCUAUAAUGGCCAGUACAAUUAA